AUGGAGAACCUCCUCAGUCUCGCCUUCGACUACCUCUCCUCCUACGAUGGCCCCAAGAUCCGGAAGGGCCUGCGCCAGGUAGAGGGCCUCCUCGCCCAGAUCUGCCUAUCCUCGCCCUCAAAGUCUUCAAAGUCGGACGACGAGUCCUCUCAGGCACGCGGUAAAUCGCUGUCCGAUCUCUCUGACGACCUGGCCUUUCGCGAGUUUUUCAAGCUGCAGGAGGGAUUCGAGUGGAACGUCGCGCUGCGCCUCAUCAACACCCUCGAUCGCCUCAUGGGCAAGGGCGCCGACGGACAAAACGACCUCCUGAUCCUCAGCUCCCUGGACCUGAUCCAGGGCGUCCUGUUGCUUCACCCGCCCAGCAAGGCUCUUUUCUCACGAGAACAAAACAUGAACCUCCUCCUCGACCUCCUUGAACCAGUAAACUGCCCUGCGAUCCAGUCCGCGACCCUCCUGACCCUCGUCGUCGCCCUCAUCGACACUCCGCAAAACACCCGCACCUUCGAAGCCCUCGACGGUCUCCUCACCGUAACGUCCCUCUUCAAGUCUCGUUCGACCGCCCGCGAGGUCAAACUCAAGCUCGUCGAGUUUCUCUACUUCUACCUGAUGCCCGAGGUCCCCUCCAACCCUCGCCCCGACUCCCGCGCCUCCGCCCCGACACUCCACCAGCGCAGCCCCAGCAAGCUGACCGGCGCGUUCGGCGCCGGGAAUUCGACGGCUUCGGACUCCCAGUAUUACGCCCGGAGCCGCGCCGGCAGCGAGUCCGGCGACACCCUGACCACGGAGGAGAAGCAGGAGCUACUGGGCCGCCACCUGAGCAGUGUCGAGGAUCUGGUCAAGGACCUGCGGACGUGCACACCUUUCGGCGGCGUCGUCUGCUGA